AUGAAAGGGCAGGAGUUUUCGGAAUUCUCCUGGGAGGUUUCUGCGUGGCAAUAUGUUUUCGGCUUGAUUCGUGAGGACGAGUGGCUCAAAAUCGAUAAAAAGGCGUAUAAGUUUGUUGAAGAAGACUCCGAUGGAAAGAAGAUUGUCAAAACACGGACUCCAGAUGCUACAUUCGGUCUCGCCACACACGACCCCAAAACUCUUCAUCCCAAUCGCCAGUUUAUGGCCACCGGCUACCAAGCAGACUAUAUCACCAAGGAACUGGAUGACCGGCUCUCCCAAGAUCGUCUCAAAUCGAUGACAAACAACCCAAAUUGCAGCCUGGUUGUUGAUGGUGCGUGGGGAAACGCUAACAUUGUGUUUCCGUUUGCUGUCUAUGAAGCAAAGAAACGGGCAGCCGACUAUCGAAAUGCCAAGCAACAAAUUCAACAUGCAUGUCAAAUAUAUUUGUCUAUGCUAGACGACCUCGCAAGGAAUCCGGAUAAUGUUGCCAAGUACCAGUCCGCAAAUUCUUCUCAUUGCCAAUUGUUUGCGUUCGUAUCGUACGGAUCUCAAUGGGCGGUUUAUGUGGCAUGGAGCUCUUCAAAGACAUGUAAUAUUGAAUUACUAUGGACCGGUGACGUUGCAUCCUUUACCAAUGCAUUGAAUCUUUUGUGUAUUGUGGACCAAAUCCAUGACUACGCCGCUAAAUAUCACCGCCCCUACGUACUGGAUCAUCUUACUCCUUGGCUCGCUUGGAGUGAGAAGCAUCAAGAUGAUGUUAUUCCAUUAGAAGGCGUUAAACCAAGUCACCCAAGCUGGCUAUGCUUUGAGUCCGAUAUGAGCCUGUUUAGGAAAAACAAACUGCAGCAGGCACGAGAACAAAGAAUGAAGUUGCAUGCACUUCCUGGAGCGUCGGGAUCGAAAAAGAGUCAGGAACGAAAGGUAACAUUAGGUACUUCUACAAAGAAUCGGGUUGUUAAGAAGGUGCAACGAAAGGAUGAGCAAAAGAGCCAAGAAGAAGGAAAAGCAGAGUAA